GGGGGAGCGCCAGCGCAGCGCAGCGCGUCGGGAGGCCUCGUCUCUCGGGAACCGGGGGCCAAUCGGGCCUUUUCCGGCUUCGCCUCACCUCUCGCCGGGCAGGGCGGGGAGUGAGAGAAAUCCGGAGCGGGCCCGGGCCCUGCACGGCAGCUCGCCUCGCCAGGAGUGAGGCAGAAGCGGCAGAGAAGAGCGAGCGUGCCCUGGGGCCCAGCCAUGUGCCCGCAGUCAGCCGCCGGCGGCGGGAGGGCCGCCCCCCGAGCCCGCAGCGUCUGCCGCCUCCUCACCCGUAGGGCCCACGGCUUCUAUGCCAGAGAUGCGGGUGUCGCCCACAGACAAAACCUGGGACUCCUCAGACAGAUAAUGUGUCAGGAAAGUACUAAAUUCAAGAAUGUUUGGACAACUCAUUCUGCAUCUCCUAUUGCCUAUGAAAGAGGAAGAAUUUACUUGGACAAUUACCAGUGCUGUAUUAGCAGGUGCUGUUGUGUCGCAAUGUGACACUUGUUUUCAUGAAGGAAAGUCUGAUCUUACUGGUGCAGUAUAACUUCAGUUUUCACAGCACUUCAAUGGGAGUGGAAGAUUAUCAGCAUUUUAUAAUUAUGCACUAAAAAGCAAAGUGAAUGGUGGUUCUGUUGUGAUCUGGAAACUCGCAGUGUGCUACGGAAUGUGUGACAAACUAUGUCCAUAAAUUCUGCAUUACGGAGCAUUGCACAAGAGCCAAGAAUACUUUAUGAAAAGCCAAAGUGUUCUAAGUCAGAAAAAAUAGAAGAUGCUUUAUUAUUGGAAUGUCCACUGGGGGAAAUGCUGCCAAGUCCAUCAGACUAUAAACCAUCCCUAAUAGUCCUGACAGUGCAGAACUGGCUUCUACGUCUCUCUGCUGACAGUGGAGAAAUACUGGAAAAAAUAUACCUUGCUGGUUCCUUUUGCAAAUUCAGGUAUCUGAGCUGGGAUAUUCCUCAAGAGGUGAUGGUCGUAAAGUCAGCUCAGAAUAAGCUCCCUGCAGCAGCACGGCAGGCAGGUAUCCAACAGUCCAUAUUGUUCUAUCUUGCUGUAUUCCAAGUUCUGCCUCUUUCAUUCAUUGGAAUGCUAGAAAUAAACAAAAAGAUAUUUGGUAAUAGUGUGACAGAUGUUGCUGUUUCUAAUGGAAUCCUGAUUGUAAUGUAUAGCAUGGGUCUGGUCAGGCUUUAUAACUUCCAGGCCAUCUCUGAGCAGUUCAUGGAACAGCCAUUUGAUUUGGGACAUGAAUUCAACUGGAAUGGUCAAGUGGGAGUUGUAGGAAAGUAUCCAUUUGGUCUUCCAUGUAACAUUAAAAUAACAGAUACUCCACCUUUGCUAUUUGAAGCAUCUUCUCUGGAGAAUGCAUUUCAAAUUGGAGGUUAUCCUUGGCAUUACAUCAUCACACCUAACAAGAAAAAACAUAAAGGAGUCUUCCAUAUUUGUUCUCUGAAAGACAAGGCUUUGGCAAAAAAUGGCAUACAGGAUAUGAAAUGCUGUUCACUGGAACCUGAUUGGAUAUAUUUCCAUCCAGAUAUGUCAGGUAGAAUAAUCCACGUGGGACCAAAUUUGAUAAAAGUCUUGAAGCUUAAAGAAGUUAAAAAUAAUACAGAUCAAACAGAGGUUGCAGAAGAUUUUACAAUUGUGGCCAACAGAGAAAACUGUGUGAACAACACUGUGACUGUAACAGCUUCUGGUCGAGUGGUGAAAAAGCGUUUUAACUUGCUGGAUGAUGACCCAGAACAAGAGACAUUCAAAAUUGUGGACUAUGAAGAUGAAUUGGAUUUGUUAUCCACGGUGGCAGUUACUCAAAUAGGAGCUGAUGGAAGAGCUCACCUUGACUUUCACUGCAAUGAACAUGGGAUUCUACUUAAGAGUAUUCCAUUACUGGAGUCCUGGGAUGUGACUUACAGUCAUGAAGUUUACGUUGACAAAGACCUUGUAUUACAUAUAGAACAGAAGCCUAACAGGAGGUUCAGUUGUUACGUUUACCAAAUGGUCUGUGAUACUGCAAAAGAUGAUGAAUGUUCAAGCCAUGAAAAAACAGAAAGAGUAUUUUGCAAAAAAGGAGGGAGAAUUUUUGAAUAUAUUUAAGACAUAAACAAAAACUACAGAGACUUCGAUUUGGAUGUUAUUUAAUGACUUCAUAUAUGAAUUAGUCAACUGCUGUUUUUCAGGCAGGAUUUAAUCUUAACAUUUUGUACUACAUGAGGUUUUAUUUCUUUUUUCUGUGUAACACUGUACACUUGUCUGUAGUCCAUAAUGGCUUCUCCUGUAUUCACCAGUUCAUCAUUAAUGUGAGAUGUGGAAUUUAUUGCUUCUCUUCAGCAAUUGGAUUGAAAUACUGAACAUCAAGGAGAAAGAUGCAGACUUACUGAUGACGUACCAUCUUCUGUAGUUUUACCUAUGCAACUUUAAUACAGACUGUUAAUUUUAAAAAGUAUGUAAAAAUGUAUAUAUAUGUAACUGUCACACUACAGAUUUUGUAUGUAGUAUGACAAUGGUAGAGUUGCCACUAAGCCACUUAGCGAAAUCCUUCUAUUUGUCUUGUGUGAGAAAUAAAAUCACUCAGGCUUUCUGGA